UCCUCUCCAGUGGUACGCGGAUAAGUGGGAGCACAAAAUACAUACCUUACCAUACCUAAGUAUGACCCUGCAGCUUCAGUCUGGUGUGACCAUCAAUUAUCGAUAAGGAAGACGCAGAAGGGAAGGCAACAAAAACAGAGAAACAAAACCCGUCGCGAGCAGCAGGAGCAGUGCACACUCCAUACACAUUCACAAUAAAGAGAUCAAGAAUCGGCAACAGGAUGAACAACGGCUUCAGCACCGGUGAGGAGGACUCCCGUGGCCACGCAGACCAGACCUGCUGCCUGAUUGACGACAUGGAAAGGUGUCGCAAUCAGGCCGGCUACGCCAGCUACAGCAAACGCAUCCAGAAGACUGUGGCCCAGAAGCGCCUGAGGCUGAGCAGUGACCCAAGUGCCCAGCACAUCUACAUCUGUGACCACCACAAGGAGCGCAUACAGUCGGUACGGACCAAGCGACGACGCAAGGACAGCGAAGACGAUAGCAAUGAGACGGACACUGAUUUGCACGAGUUUCCUGAUCUCUACCAGCUGAGCGUUAGCACACUGCGUCGCUAUAAGCGCCACUUUAAGGUCCAGACACGGCAGGGCAUGAAGCGGGCACAAUUGGCAGAUACCAUCAUGAAACAUUUCAAGACAAUACCCAUCAAGGAAAAGGAGAUAAUCACGUUUUUUGUGUAUAUGGUGAAAAUGGGGACAAAUAAGUUGGAUCAAAAGAAUGGCAUUGGCAAUGAUACCACCUAAAUUGGAUGUAAAGGACACAAGGGGAGGGAGGAUGCUACAGCUGCCGGCUCUUAAAGCAAGCUAGCUAUCUCCCUUCCACAACAUCCAAACACACCCACACAUAUACAGACAGCACACAUACACAUUGUUGCUGCGUUUGCUUUCGUCAUCAUUCGUUCUCCUGACGUCAGCAUUGUUCACUUCUAAUAGCAAUAAUGUCCCACAAUCCUGUACUGUGCCCAUGCCUACCAGCAAUCUUCCUACAUCCCAACAAAAAUCAGAAGAUAAAUAUACAUCUAAUUGUAGAAUAAAGAAUGUAAUAUAAAUUUACAUCUAAAGAAAUUAAGUAAACAAGCAAACAGCAACUGGUGCUCCCAAAACAAGAAUUAUAUGAUGUAUGUAUUGUAGUUUAAAGCCAAGAAAGGAGAGGAGAUUGGUAAUCGCGAAAGAAGAAUAAUUAACACUAAGAUGAAUGAAUUUUUACAACUUUAUUGUAGCAUUUGUCCGUUGUUAAUAGCUCUUUAUAUACAUAAUAGAUAUACCUAAAAUCUAAAACAUUAAACCAACGCACGAAUAAACCAUGUACAUUUUACAAAAACAAA